AUGCAAGUGAAAGAAUCUGUUCUAGGACUGAGGGGAGGGGGGUGUCAAAUCGCGAUAUCUACUCACAUUGAUAAUUAUUUCACAACAUCUGUGACAACGUUUAUAAUGAAGCAUAAAUUUUUAACGGAUGCUUUUUCAUUGUUAUCAAAAGAAAAUCAAUCUCUUUCCUAUAUUAAAAAAAAGCAAGAAAAAAUUUAUUUAGCUCUCAUAAGUGGAUUUUUUGCAACUACUGGAAGUAUAUUGGGUAAACUUUCUAGCAAUAUAGAAAUAAAUUCCAUAUUUGAAUUGCUACUUAAAGGAAUACUUUUAUUAUUGAUGAUAACAAGUAACACUGUGGGAUGCACCUUUUUCGUAAAAGCACUCAAUAUCAGCAAAUCUUCUCUAUCGUGUACAAUAACCAGCGCCACCACUAGUUAUGUUUGCUCGGCUUUUGCGGGUUUCUUAAUUUUUAAUGAACAAACAUCGUUAAAUUGGUGGUGUGGUAUAUCUCUCAUUAUUCUGGGUUUAUUUUUUGUUAAUUACACUCCACGUAUAAGUGAUUCUGUACCAUCGCUAAAAUCGAAAAAUGAAUAAUUUUGA